UAUCUAACAGUCCAAGUACAAUUGAUAUAGUUGAAGCCCAAUCAAAAUAUGGUUUUUGGGGGUGGAAUUUAUGGCGUCAACCUAUAGGGUUUAUCAUUUUUCUAUGUUCUUCUCUAGCCGAGUGUGAGAGAUUACCAUUUGAUUUACCAGAAGCAGAAGAAGAAUUAGUAGCAGGUUAUCAAACGGAAUAUUCGGGUAUCAAAUUUGGUUUAUUUUACAUUGCUUCGUAUCUAAAUCUACUAGUUUCUUCAUUAUUUGUAACAGUUCUUUACUUAGGUGGUUGGAAUCUUUCUAUUGCAUACGGAUUUAUUCCUAAGCUUUUUGACAUCAAUAAAGCGGGUAAAGUCUUUGGAACAAUAAUAGGUAUACUUAUUACAUUAGCUAAAACUUAUUUGUUCUUGUUUAUUCCUAUUGCAACAAGAUGGACUUUACCAAGGCUGCGAAUGGACCAACUAUUAAGUCUUGGAUGGAAAUUUCUUUUACCUAUUUCUCUAGGUAAUCUAUUAUUAACAACUUCGUUCCAACUUCUUUCACUGUAA